AUGGCGGACAAUAAGAAUACACCAGAGCCAUUGGUCUCCUCACCAUGGAGGAGGUCUCUAUAUGCCGGUGCUGUCGCAGGCUUCACAGUUGAUCUCUCCCUCUACCCUCUCGACACAAUUAAAACCCGUCUCCAAAAAGCACGUCAGAGCGUUUCCUCCGCCGCGAAAGACACACCUCACAAGAUCAAUGCUUCGGCCACGAAACCACCUGCAUUCCGACAGAUAGUCCGAGGCAUAUAUGCUGGUCUGCCUUCCGUGCUAUUCGGGUCCGCGCCCUCCGCCGCUUUCUUUUUCAUUACAUACGACGGCAUGAAGAGGUAUUUACUUCCGGCGGAUACCCAGCAAGCAACGAAGGCCCAGAUGUUCAUCGCGCAUUCUACGGCGUCGACUUUUGGUGAAAUUACGGCUUGUAUUAUUCGAGUGCCGACGGAAGUCAUCAAGCAACGUGCGCAGGCAGGUCUAUUCGGGGGAUCUUCGUUGCGGGCUUUGACGGAUAUUCUGGCCGUGAGACAUGGCGGGGCAGGAUAUUUGCAGAUGAUUCGUGAACUGUACAGGGGGACGGGCAUUACAAUUGCGCGUGAAAUUCCUUUUACGAUUCUGCAGUUCACGAUGUGGGAAGCUAUGAAGAAUAGGUAUGCACGAUGGACCAGCGAAAGCAACGAUAGUUCCGAUGGCUAUGCCUCAGAGCGAACAGCUUCGGGCCACAUUCCAGCUGCACCGAGUGCAGUCUUUGGAAGUAUUGCCGGUGGAAUUGCGGCCGGCUUAACGACGCCCUUGGACGUGAUCAAGACGAGGGUUAUGCUUGCUCGACGUGAAGAAGGCACUGCGAAUCACAUUCGAGUAUCAGAUGUUGUGCGUCGCAUACUCAAGGAAGAAGGGCUUGGUGCUCUUUGGAGGGGAAUCGGUCCUCGUACGACAGCUAUUGCGCUCGGUGGUGCGAUUUUCUUGGGUAGUUACCAGUGGACUUCUAAUACUCUCGAGGAAGGUUAUAGAAAACGCGAGGAGUUAUAG